GCUCUGAACGGCAUUUGUAAAGUGGCAACGCUGAAGCAAAAUACAACAAAAAUUAUAGCAGCCGAAGACGAAUGCUUGUGCCCGUGUUUGUGCGCUUCGUGGAGUGAUUCCAAGGCUUCCUUAUCGGGGAGCCGAUGUCGCAGCCGCGCGUAGCGCUCCGCCGACGCGCAUAAAAGCCAAACUACAACGGCUGUCCAGACCCGACGGAGCGGCCAUGCGCGGAUCCUCCUGGAGUUCUCCUCAGCAAAGCGUGGGGGCCAUGGAGUACCAUCCAGAGGGCUACGGCGAGCAUGACCAGCUGCCUGUUGUGUACAAUGACGCCUACAACAUUUCCUUCUAUGGCCUGGAGAAGGUGCACCCCUUUGACGCUGGGAAGUGGGGCAAGGUGUUCGCCACGCUCAGGCGUGCUGGUCUUUUGACCGAUAGCAACUUCUACAAGCCCCACGAGGCGACUGAAGAGGAGCUGUUGGUCGUGCACCCACCUUCCUACAUCAACAAGCUCAGAUGGAGCGCAUAUGUUGCCACGGUGACGGAGGUCCCUCUAGUGGCCAUGCUUCCUAACUGUGUGGUCCAGAGACGAGUGCUCCGGCCCUUUCGGUACCAGACUGCUGGCACUGUUCUGGCUGCACGGCUUGCCCUGGAUCACGGCUGGGCAAUCCACCUGGGCGGCGGAUUUCACCACGCGAGUGCCAGCCGAGGCGGCGGCUUUUGCUGCUACGCCGACAUCACCCUCGCAGUGCGUGAGCUGCGGCGACGAGGAAAAAUCAAGCACGUCAUUGUGGUCGACUUGGACGCGCAUCAGGGCAAUGGAUAUGAACGUGACUUUCUGGGCGACAAAGAUGUGUACAUAAUGGACGUCUACAACAGAGCGAUCUACCCGAAUGACGAGUACGCCAAAGGGGCCAUUCGUCGCAAAGUUGAGCUGCGGCCAGGCACAUCGGACGAUGCCUACUUAAAGCUGGUGGACGACCACUUGCAGAUGUCUCUGGCCGAGUUCGAUGCUGACUUGAUUGUCUACAAUGCCGGCACGGACGUACUCAGUGGCGACAUGCUUGGCCACCUCAACAUAUCGGAGAAGGGCGUGGUGAAACGAGACGAGCUGGUGUUCCGGCGUGUCAGGAGGCAGGGCCUGCCCGUGGUGAUGCUGACCAGUGGCGGCUACCAGCGCCAGUCGGCGGGCGUCAUCGCCAGCUCAGUGCUCAACCUGUGCCGACAGGGACUGCUGGCCAGGCGGCCACCACGCCGCAGGGCCAGCAGAAACACGCAGGACAAGAGCUCGGAAGAAGAUAAGGAAUGAACAACUGUAUGCCUGGCGACUCAGUGCACCAGCGACUGUAUUUAAAGCAUUUCGAAUUUAGGAGAAUAUACCUGAUGCCCCAUUUGGUAUAUAUAAUCUCCCUCAUUCACAGAUCUGUCUAGCACUAAUUUAUCGAGCCACUGUACGCGCUGUUAUGUCAAUUAACCGGUGCUUGUUGGCUAUGUAUUUAUGACUUAUAACUAACUACAUUGUUGUUUCUUGUGCAGCUUCAUUAUUACUGUAUAUAUAAUAGAGAGAGAUGUAUACUACAUCAUUGUUGGUAAUAAAAGAUUUAUUAUUAG